AUGACGGAGACCAUGUCCACGGGAUCAAAACCUAGUAAGAGUGGACUUGAACGUUUGCCAGUUCCAUCAUGGGAUGGCAGCCGUAGAAUGUACCCUACCUGGAGGAAGGAGUUUAAUCACUGGAUGAAAAAGUAUGCACAAGAUGAAGAUGAACAAUUGCAACGUUUCAGGAAGGCGUUGCCAAGCCAUUUAUGGUGGACAGAUCAAGUAAAGACCUGCAAAACCAUCGACCAAGCUUGGAAAAUCUUAGAUAUUGAAUUUUCAGACAAACGAAAGCUAAUGGAUGAACUUUCAUUCCUGAAGUUUCCCGAAGCCCAGUGGCCAGAGUUCCACGAAGAUCUCAUAUUAUCCAAUUCAGUAUGCCAGGAAACAAUGAAAGAGAAGAAAUCAUCAUUUUCAUCCAAUUGUAACAAGGAAGUUAAUGAAGUCAACGUCUGUUUAGCUACUGAAGAAAA